AUGACGGGCCACACACCUGAGCGAGAUCGCUCCCCCCACAGCCUGUCAGUCAAGACCAGCUUGGAGGAGGAGAUCGAGCGAGCCGAGAGUAUUCUAAGCAGGGUUCCAUCCGUCUGCGACGAGACGUCCUCGGAGCUUCGGAGGGUCGCUGCUCUCGAUCCUCGCGGUGGCAACUCGAGGAACUCUCUCCAAAGGAAUGCAGCCGUCUCGAGACUGGCGAGCCUGGUGCUGAGACUGAGGGAAUGGGCUCGCAGGAGCUUAGCGGCGCAGGAGCAGGAGCGACCCGACUCCUUCCUGGAGCGCUUCAGAGGCCCCGAGCUCACCAAGGCCCCCAGCCGCACCGGCGACACGCAAACGGACGCCGGAGGCAUCCUGAGGGGAAAAUGGGCCGUUUUUGUGGUGUCCCCAUCUGCCGACGCCUACUACCGCUGGUUAUUCGUCAUCGCUGCAGCGGUGCUCUACAACUGGUUCCUCGUUGUGGCGAGGGCGUGUUUCGAUCGAUUGCAGGUGGCCAACUACAUCGUCUGGCUGGUGCUGGACUACCUCGCUGACCUCGUCUACAUCGCGGACACUUGCGUGCGACUCCGCACAGGCUUCCUGGAGCAAGGCCUCCUGGUGAAGGACCACAGCAAGCUCAGGGACAACUACGUGCGUACGUUGCAGUUCAAGCUGGACGUGGUGUCCAUCCUGCCCACCGACCUGGCCUACUUCUCCACCGGCAUCCACACGCCUCAACUCAGGUUCAACCGCCUGCUGCGCUUCCCGCGGAUGUUCGAGUUCUUUGACCGCACCGAGACGCGCACCGACUACCCCAACAUCUUCCGCAUCUGCAACUUGGUGCUCUACAUCCUGGUCAUCAUUCACUGGAACGCCUGCAUCUACUACGCCAUCUCCAAGUCUUUAGGGUUGGGCUCAGACACUUGGGUGUUUCCGAACAUCUCCAAACCGGAGUAUUCCUCUCUAACUCGGAGUUACGUCUACUGUCUGUACUGGUCCACUCUCACUCUUACCACUAUCGGAGAGAUGCCUGCGCCGGUGCGAGACGAAGAGUACCUUUUUGUGGUUUUUGAUUUUCUGGUCGGCGUUCUGAUCUUUGCCACAAUUGUGGGAAACGUCGGUUCCAUGAUCUCCAACAUGAACGCCACCCGUGCCGAGUUCCAGGCUCGGAUCGACGCCGUCAAACAUUACAUGCACUUCCGCAAAGUCAGCAAAGAACUGGAGACGCGCAUCAUCAAGUGGUUCGACUACCUCUGGCUCAACAAGAAAGCCGUGGACGAGCGGGAGGUGCUCAAGAACCUGCCCGACAAACUGCGAGCCGAGAUCGCCAUCAACGUCCACCUGGAGACCUUGAAGAAAGUGCGCAUCUUUCAAGACUGUGAGGCGGGACUGCUGGUGGAGCUCGUGCUCAAACUGCGGCCGCAGGUCUUCAGUCCCGGAGACUACAUCUGCAGGAAAGGCGACAUCGGGAAGGAGAUGUAUAUCAUCAAAGAGGGCAAGCUGGCCGUGGUGGGAGACGACGGGGCGACGCAGUACGCCCUCCUCGUCGCCGGCAGUUGCUUUGGAGAAAUCAGCAUUUUGAAUAUUAAAGGAAGCAAAACGGGCAACCGGCGGACCGCCAACAUUCGCAGUCUGGGCUACUCGGAUCUGUUCUGCCUCUCCAAGGACGACUUGAUGGAGGCCGUGACGGAGUAUCCGGACGCUCGGACGGUCCUGGAGGAGAGGGGCCGUGAGAUCCUGAUCAAGGAGGGGAUGCUGGAGGACAACGCCGAGAGCGCCGGCCUGCGGCGGGAAGACACGGAAGAGAAGGUGGAGAGGCUGGAAUCCUCCCUGGACAGCCUCCACACUCGCGUUUCGCGGCUUCUCUGCGACUACGCGCACACGCAGCAGAGGCUGAAGCGGCGCAUCACGCUGCUGGAGCGGCGGGUGAAUCAAACGGACCGCGGCGCCGACGCCGAUCUGGAGGGGACGGUCGGUGACGCUCGCGCUCGGCCUCCCGUCCACGCAGGUGACUCUACUCUUCGGAGUGCACUCGUACCUUGAAUUACAAGUGCCCUAACGUGUGAGCUUGUCGAGUUUGGGCCGCCGCUCGAGUCAAGUGGGGCAAAACAGCAAUUCAGACACUGGCAUGCCCUCGCCCUCCAACGGGGCAAACAGUCAAACGCACAAAUGCAAAACGAGAACACUCGCAAGGAGCUGCCGGAGCCGCAACUUAUGGCUCCAGCUCGGCGUGUUGCUCACUGGGCCACGCCCCCAGCAUAUAAAUACAGUUCGUACAGCAACUGAACUUUAGACAAGUAGUUUAUUUAUUUAUUUUUUUUACAGUUUCUUUUAUUCUUUGAUAUUUCGCUUUCAUUACCGACAGCGGCCUUAUUUGAAUAGCCUUUAAGUAUACAGCGGACCCCUGCAUGCUCACGGUUUUUGCACCCGCAGAUUCACCUCUCUGCAUUUUUGUCACCCCAAAAAAGAAAAAAUGGGCAUCAGUUCUCCGCGGAUGAUGCCUAUUUUGGGUCUGGCUCCGUCCCUACCCUACCCUGCCAAUUGCGGGAGUCCACUGCGAGGUUGACCCCGUGCGCUAAACUUGUGGUAAACCCCUAGAAAAAGAAGGCUUCAAAUCCAUCACAUUCUGGCCCUGAACGCCUCAUCGUUGAAUUAAGAGGAAGCCGACGAGCUGGUUUGGGAAUCUCCCACAUUGCGUAAUAAUCACUCAUCAGUGCACUUACUUCAUUUAUCUAAUGAGGUCGCUUCUGUUGCCAAACUGGGAGAUUACAAUUUGUCAGCCAUCAGAUUGAACCCUUUUGAAUCUGUACAAAUCUACUGCCGCCUUCGGUUUAUGUCUCUUUUUAAACUCGGCCCAAAACUAAAUCGGGGGAAAGGACACGCAGCUGUUUUUGUGUUCCAUUCGCUGAAAAGGUGCUUGUUAGUUGUUCCGUGCUGCCGGGGGCAACUGGGAACACUUUUGAACAGGUGCAGCCCCUCCUCCCCGACACACUUUCAACAGUUAGUCGCCAUAUGGCACAUGCAGGACAACUGCUGCAGGCCUUCUGUGCAGCGUCAUUUGCUUUUCAUAACUUGAAUAUAUCCAGGAUGCGAAAUAGCACGUUAAUAAACGCUCAUGUAAUUUGUGAAUUUAGUCGCAUUGGCAGGAAAAACAAGUGAGGUAACUUGCGACGCUUCCAUCCAACCACAUUCCAAUGAGUCUUUUUGUGUGUGUGGCAAUCUAAACGGGCGUGCGUGCAACUCGUCUGUCCUGCUCGCGGAGUGUGUGUGUGUUGCGGCUCGGCUGACGAUUUCUUUGGAGCGCGUCACGACGAGUCAGGUUCCCGUUUUAAAAGUGCUGCUUUUUAUUUCGAUUGAAUUCAACGAGAUAUGUGAGCUCGCCGACGACCACAGUGUGCACUGUACAGUUGCUUUUUUUAUGUUGAAGAUCAGCAAACAAAGGUAAAUAUAAGACAAAGAUAAGCCAAGUAUACACGCAAUGCAGUUUUUCAAGGGUGAUUUGACUUAUUAAGGGAAAAAACUAUUCACUGGCCCCCCUAAAUCGUUCAUUCAUUAACUGUGGCUAAUCACAUUUUUGGGUUCAUUUGCACGAACCCACUCGACCCCGAGUCGCUCGAUAGAGAAAACAUUGAAAUAGAACCUGUUUGACAAAAUGAAGUUGGCCAAAAGAUCCGAAACAGCUGUGACAAAAUGCCAGAAUCCAAAGAAAUUCGAGAGCAGGUGAGAAGCAAAGAAAUUGACAUCGAUCGGUCGGGGAAGGUGACAAAGACAUUUCGAAAGCUUUAGGACUCCAGCAAACCACCAUGAGAGCCAUUAUCCUCAAAAGGAGAAACAAUGGAAGCGUGGUGAAUGUUACUAAGAGUGGUCGCCCAACAAAACUGACCCCAAGAGCACGGCGACGGCUCAUCCGGGAGGUCACAAAGGAAGCCAGGACAGCCGGGUUGCCAACGCAUUUGAGAUUUCAAAAUUCCGCACUUUUGCCAAACUCUCAUUUCCGGACUUCUCAGUCAAAAAUUCAAAUAAUUUGUGACAUUUGAGUAACAUUUGACAUUUCAGGCUGUUUUGAAUCCCUAACCUUGUUUUGAAACCCUACUUUAAAACCAUAACACUGUUUUGAAACCUUGCUUUUAAUCCGUCACCCCGUUUUGAAACACUGCUUUGAAACCCCAACCCGACAUGAGACCCUAACCCAGUUUUAAAAUCAUAGUGAGAAAACCUAACCCCUUUUUGAAAAACCUACUUUGAAACCCUAAUUUAAAACCCUAACUUCGUUUUGUAACCCUACUUGGAAACCCCAAACCUGUUUAGAAACCCGACUUUGAAACCUUAACCGCAUUUUGAAACCCUAACCCCGUUUUGAAACCCCAACUCCAUUUAGAAACCCGACUUUGAAACCUUAACCGCAUUUUGAAACCCUAACCCUGUUUGGAAACCCUACUUUGAAACCUAACCCCUUUUUGAAAAACCUACAUUGAAACCCUAAGCCGGUUUUGAAACCCUAAUUUUAAACCCUAACACUGUUCUUUAUGAUAUUUACAUUUGUUUGAUGAUCUUAAACAGUAAAGUGGGGAAACUGAAGAAGUGGGCAAAUAGUUUUUCAUGGGAGUGGACCUCCUUCCUGGCUUUUCAGGGGUGGGCAAAGUUUUGUCGUCAAAUAUCCUGAAGACACAAAGACACAGGGUAUUUCUGAAGAAAACUAUAUUGCUUGUAUUUUCAAAGAACAGCACACAUACAUUGGCGGAGUAGCUGUUUCAUUUCAUACUGACGACAAAAAAAAAAGAGGAGAGACCCCCCCCCCCGGAACACUGGGGUCUUCGGUACACAACAGUGAGGUACAUCACAUCCCCCUUCAGAGUAAACACAUGGUUUCAUUUCAUUGUUUAAUAGGCCACAGGAGGACAAAUAGUUGACGAGAAAACAAAAAAAAAAAACGGCACCGCUCGAGAUUCUUAAAGUGACCGGGAAGAAGAAAAAAAAAAAAAAAAAAAAAGUAAAGUCCUCAUGUUAAGCGUGAUUGAACGCGAGGAUGCGGCCUCCUCGCGUUUAGAAAAGGAGCUGCGAUCCGAGAUCCGGGAGCUGAUUGGCUGAGACGGUCCGACGAGGAUGCUCGGCGCCUAGCGCAUUCGCAUGUGAAGGCUGUGCUUGGGUCCGUCCACGCGCUCCAACUUCUCAAAGUGUUUCCUAGCAUUGCGGAUAUUGAUGAGGGUGGCUGCGGAGGCUGCGGAAAAACACGGCAAUUUAUUCGCGGGGUUAUUCGACUAAACACAACUGAGGGGCUUACAGCGGAACCUCCAAAGUCGAACACGAUACGUUCUGUGAUUGCUAGUUGACUUCCAAGUUGCAAAUAACGUUCCCAUUGAAAAUAAGUUCAUUCAUUUGUUUCAGGCUCAAACUCUCACACUUCUUAAAGCUGCGUGAACUCAACAUGCAAUCUUUUUCACUAAUAUUUUACCACUGCACUCAUACUAGUGUCAUCUAGUAGCAUCUUAGAAGUACUGCAGCAAUUAGGUAGGUAGUGUUGACAUUAGCAUGUGCUUGAUCAAAUUCACUUCUACGUGCAAUUGAUAUUUUGUUAAUUGUACAUGAAGUAGGGUCCAUUGAUGGUUCUGCGGUUAUCAUUACAAGCUUCGGGAGUAGCAUCACACAAAAAAAUGAAACAAAAUGUAAUUUACACCACGACUCAUGACUAUAAUAAUAAUAAUACUUCAAAAAUGCUAAAAGCACGAAAAAUAUAUGCAUGAGACUUGAAAAUACCUUAAAACUGAUGUUCUUUCUCUAAAUAUACCACUUAUUGUAAAAUUUAUAACAAUAUAAAUGACUUAAAAAAAACAUUUGAAUUAUUAUUAAAUCAUCCUAUUUCCACUAGUAUUCAUAAAACAUAUUUACCCAAGCACUAUCAAACUUUAAAAUACCUUAAAAGCUGAGAUAAUUGAAUGUGCACUGAAAAAGCACAAGACUUGUGAGUUACUCCUUUAGAUGCUGAACGAGCUGACGUGAAAUGAGUUUGAAGAUUUGUUGGGGUUUUUUUUUUUUUUGCGUGACUGCGGAGGCUCCAGCGCACGAUUGGCUGACGACUUACGAAUAGACGGGUCUGACAUGAUGACCAUGACGUAUGUGUUGGAGGUGAAGACGUCAAUGAAGGCCGCAAAGUUGGAGUUCCUCACUUCCAUGCUCUGGAAAGAGGCUGCCAGUUUACUGAAACGGAGGGGAAGAAAACAGAACAAAAACAAUUCGCUACGAGAAUGGCAGUCAUUUUCUGACUCUUCUGAUCGGGGGGGGAGAAUCAUUCUCAAAUGCCAGGACAUCUCCAGUCCUGUGAGUGGCAGUAACACACUUUACACAUCAACUAUUGAGAAAGGAAGUGACAAGUGCAAGACACGGCAAGCUUUUUAUUUGUUUUUAUGUUUUCAUGGCAGCUCCUGGCUUGCGUGCAGUCGUGUGUCCACAGCAAUUCUACCCCCCAUUUUAACAACAUUAUAAAGAAUCCUGUAAUAUUUAUUGCAUUACUUAGUUUUUUCCCCCCUCAAAUCAGUUAAUUAAAAUGUAUUGGUUCCUUUGUAUUUCUGAAGUUUUUUUCCUUCACCUAUUUGAUUAAAUUGAUUAAUGACAUUUUCAUUAAUACAGUAAAGAAUAAGAAAAAAAAGAUUUUGCAACUUUAUCUAGCUCUAUAACUACUCUGGUACCAACUAACUACUGAUGAUGACAAGCUAACGUCUGGUAGCGCGCAGCGCCGCCGUUUUGUACCCGAAUGUGUUCAACGAACCAAAGUUCGUAUUUUGUGCAAACGUGAACUCAACUGAAGUUGAUUUCUGCCCGACGAACCUAACGGAGACGGCGCUCGUUCUGGCGUGUGCGAACGGUGUUCCAACGUUUUCAUUCAAGAGCGGCGGGUUUUGUUCGGGACUUGCGGGACGCCAUUCGUGGGACGCACGUCGCAGCUGCGUGAGAAUGCGUAAAUAAAUGGGAGUGAAUGUGUUCUUUGGUGGUUCUUUUGUCAUAGAGUGCAUAUUUGUAAAAUAGGAUUCUUUGGAAAAUUAUUGUGUGUAUCAGAA